GAGCAUCCCAGCCUUUCCAGGCAGGCAGCAACACCGGGCAGAGAAAAAACCCGAGACGUUCCUGCCUAUCACAAGCCUUCCCUGCGCUGCCGUGGCCGCCUCCCCUGCCGGGCGCUUGCCUCUCCUCAGCCCCCCACUCCCUUCCCCAGCUCCCAGUGCAACAGGGCGAACAGUGGCAGCCCAAAGGCAUCUAUUCAGAGGCGGACCCCGAGCUAGCACCGACCUCCUCCCUUUCUCAGCGGCACAGGCCCUGGGUUGGAAAGAGUCAUGACAGCUGAAAAGACUAUACCUAUAAUUAAUGGCAAACCAGAGGAUGCUCUGGAUCCUGAAGCCUCAAGUACCAAUUUGGUCCACAGUAAUGACAAAAAGGUGCAUGAAAGGGGCCACUGGAAUAAUAAGGUUGAAUUUGUACUUUCUGUGGCUGGAGAAAUUAUUGGGUUGGGAAAUGUGUGGCGGUUCCCAUAUCUCUGCUACAAGAAUGGAGGAGGUGCUUUUCUUAUACCUUAUGUGGUUUUCUUUAUUUGUUGUGGAAUACCGGUCUUUUUCCUGGAGACUGCCUUGGGACAGUUUACGAGUGAAGGUGGAAUUACUUGCUGGAGAAAAGUUUGUCCAUUGUUUGAAGGUAUUGGAUAUGCUACCCAGGUUAUUGAGGCACAUUUGAAUGUUUACUACAUCAUUAUUUUAGCAUGGGCUAUCUUUUAUCUGUUUAACUGCUUUACCACAGAGCUUCCUUGGGCAACUUGUGGGCAUGAAUGGAAUACAGAACAUUGUGUGGAAUUUCAAAAACUUAACAUGAGUAACUGCACGCAUCAAUCUCUGCAAAAUGCUACUUCUCCAGUCAUGGAAUUUUGGGAACGCAGGGUAUUGUCCAUUUCAGAUGGCAUUGAGCACAUUGGGGAACUCCGGUGGGAACUAGCAUUGUGUCUUCUGGCUGCCUGGACUAUCUGCUAUUUUUGCAUUUGGAAAGGAACAAAGUCAACUGGCAAGGUUGUAUAUGUAACUGCAACUUUCCCUUACGUCAUGCUGUUGAUUCUGCUGAUACGAGGAGUAACACUUCCUGGGGCCUCCGAGGGAAUAAAAUUCUACUUGUACCCUGAUCUGUCUCGACUUUCUGACCCACAGGUCUGGGUGGAUGCUGGAACACAGAUAUUUUUCUCUUAUGCCAUUUGCCUGGGUUGUUUAACAGCCUUAGGCAGCUACAACAACUAUAACAACAACUGCUAUAGAGACUGUAUUAUGCUCUGUUGUUUAAACAGUGGCACAAGUUUUGUGGCUGGUUUUGCGAUCUUUUCUGUCCUUGGCUUUAUGGCUUAUGAACAGGGAGUGCCAAUAGCAGAAGUUGCUGAGUCAGGACCUGGACUUGCUUUUAUUGCUUACCCAAAAGCUGUAACAAUGAUGCCUCUUUCUCCAUUAUGGGCAGCUCUGUUUUUUAUGAUGCUCAUCUUUCUUGGACUAGAUAGUCAGUUUGUGUGUGUUGAAAGUCUCGUAACAGCUGUGGUGGAUAUGUAUCCAAAGAUUUUCCGAAGGGGAUACAGACGAGAACUGCUGAUACUUGCUCUCUCGAUUGUGUCAUAUUUCAUUGGUCUUAUUAUGUUAACAGAGGGUGGAAUGUAUGUUUUCCAGCUGUUUGAUUCCUAUGCAGCCAGUGGAAUGUGCCUUCUCUUUGUUGCUAUAUUUGAAUGCAUUUGCAUUGGCUGGUUUUAUGGAAGCAAUCGUUUUUAUGACAACAUUGAAGACAUGAUUGGUUAUAGACCACUGGCAUUAAUUAAAUGGUGUUGGAUGUUGCUCACACCUGGCAUUUGUGCUGGAAUCUUCAUCUUUUUCCUGGUGAAAUACAAGCCUUUGAAAUACAACAAUGUAUAUACGUACCCAGAUUGGGGCUAUGGCAUAGGAUGGAUGAUGGCUCUUUCCUCAAUGGUUUGUAUUCCAUUGUGGAUCUGUGUUCAAUUGUGGAAGACAGAAGGAACAUUCAUGGAGAAAUUCAGAAAGCUGAUUGUGGCCAGCCCAGACUUGAAAAUGAGAGGAAAGCUUGGAUCAGGUUUAUAUGCAGCUACAGUAAAUGAUUGUGAUGCCAAACUGAAAGCCGAUGGCAAUAUUUCAACCAUCACAGAAAAAGAGACACACUUCUGAAAGAACUCUUAUAUGAUUUUUUUUUUAUAUAAAUAAAAGUAAAUAGAAUUCUCCACAUAAUUAUAGACCUGGCUUAUUUUGCACAAAUUUAUUAACAGGUUAAUUUUAAAGUGAACCUUGUAUACUUGUUCAAAAGUGAUUUUUAAUUAUUAUAUAAGUAACGAAUAUAAAUAUUAUAUAUAUGAAAUAGAAUUGUUUGUUAGUGAUGACUUGUAAUAUGAUGAUUCCCAUAAGUGUUUCUAGAUCCUAGAAGGACCUGUAUAAUGUGCUGUAAAACUUUUAUACUUUGUUUUUUUUUUUAAAGCAUGGUGUUGUAUAGUUAUACACUUUCUAAUUUGUAUGCAUUUCAGACCAUUUCAGCUUCUACUGUAUGUAUAUAAAGUGAACAUAGUGUCCUUA